AUGAAACCUGCCGCUACAUUCGCGACAUUCCUGGCGCUGAGCAUGUUUGUUGCAACGGAUAGUGCGCCAAAUGCACCUGUACUUCGUAGCCUACGUAUGAACGCGGACAUACCCGCGGUCAAAGAAGAUACCGAUGAAAGCAGGAAGGACCACCACCAUCACCAUGUUAAGAAAGUCAAGAAAAUCGCGAUUCCUGUCCCUGUAGAGGUACCGCAGAUCAUUCCUGUUCCCGUCAGCAUCCCUUCUACAGUGGUGGCCAGCUCCGACACUGCCGUCGUUGACUCCACCACGAAUGUCGUCUCCAACAACGUCGCCGCCACCGAUGUUGUUGCCCCAGUUGCAUUAGGGACCAACGUGGCACCGGUACCUGGAGCUGCCACGCCAGCUCCGACGAGUGUAAAUGGACGUCCAGCCGCAGCUUCUGCGGCAACGGUGACCCGGCCAUCAAGAGCCACGCCAGCACCAACAAGAAGCUUUGCUAGUGUUGGUCCAUCUAGAUCGCAACAGCCAGGAGCUGCCUCAGCCGUCCCUCAGUCUGGUGACGUAGGUGCUGCUGGUGGACUUCUUGGAAACACCGGUGGGUUUGGCGGAAAUACCAUGGGCGCCCUCGGUGGUGGCUUCAACGGCGGUGGCAAUCGAAUGCCAGGUUUCGGUGGUCGUGGUGGUGGUUUUGCUGGUGGUAGUAAUAUGUUCGGUGGAGCUGGUGUUGGCAUGGGUGGCUUCAACGGGAAUGGUGCAAGUGGAUUCGGACAGCAGAUGGGGUUCGGUGCACAAGGUGGAAAUGGGUUUGUUGGGAUCGGAGGACAGGGUGCAAGGGGGAACUUUGGUCAGAGUGGCAACAAUGGGUUCAUCGGUGGCCAGACUGGAUUUGGAGGUGCCGGUACGGCUAGUGGCAAUGCGUUUGGUCGUGAAGGCUUUAAUCGCCGCGAGCGUCAGCGUCGUCGUUGA